AUGUCCGAACUACUUGGAAGUCAAGAAUUGAAGCCAGUCUCUGACUGCCACCUUUCUCCCCAAUACCACUUAUGCGAGCCGAACCCAGAUAUGCUCACCUCUGUCAUCGAGAACGAGCGUACUCGCCGUUUAGUACUGCAGCAGUGUGAGAAGAUAGAGACAGAGCUUGAUGACCUAAUAGAGAAUCACCCUGUGCACGACGAUGAUAAAGAUAUUGCGCUAAGAAUCGACUACCUUGAAAAGUUGUCUUUGUUUCUAGAAGAGGAGACACAGUUAAUUGGAAAGUCGAUAAAGGCGCUAAAAGAGCGUAUUGAAACCCCCGAAAUCUAUAUCGCUAUAGGAAGACUCUCCGACAGUGAGUUCAACCGAGCUUGUGCUUCUUUAAAGCAGAAUCCCAACCGCCAGAUACGAAAAGAGCUAGCCCAGAAGUCUCAGGAUUGCGAUAACUACCUUUGCUCUUCUAUGAGGUUACUUGGGUCCUUAAAGGUGGAUGACAUGAAUGAUAAACUUAGCCUAAACCCUCCAUCCUAUAACACGGCGGCUAGUGUUCGGACAGCGAGUGAUAGUGCUCCCUCAAAGCCGCCUCAGAGCUUUUGGAAAAGAAUUCGGAAAUGUUCAGCUCGGAUUUAA